AUGCCCCCGAAUUCCCGGACAGAGCUUCCACGACCUUCACAGUUUGGCAUCAAAGACUUUGAGGAGCUCGUGAUCCCCACCAACGAUGGCGAGAAGCUCUCGGCUUUCUACAUCCGGGGUCCGCGUGGGGGGCGCAACUCCAAGGUCACGGUGCUGAUGUUCCACGGCAAUGCGGGCAACAUUGGCCACCGGCUGCCGAUCGCGCGGAUGCUGAUCAACCUGACGGGAUGCAACGUCUUCAUGCUUGAGUAUCGCGGCUACGGAAUGUCUACCGGAGAGCCAGAUGAGUCUGGGAUCAUGCUUGACGCCCAGACCGCCCUGGACUAUCUACGGAAUCGUGCCGAGACAAGUGGACACAAACUCGUCAUCUACGGCCAGAGCUUAGGAGGGGCGGUGAGCAUCAAGCUGGUGUCGAAGAACCAGACUGAUGGCGACAUCGCCGGGCUGGUCCUCGAGAACACCUUCCUCAGCAUGCGGAAGCUGAUACCCUCCGUCAUCCCGCCGGCGAAGUAUCUGACGCUUUUAUGUCACCAAGUGUGGCCAAGUGACUCUCUAAUACCCACUAUCACUAAGGUCCCCAUCCUCUUCCUGAGCGGCUUGCAGGACGAGAUCGUGCCACCAAGUCACAUGCGCCAGUUGUACGAGCUCUCCGCCGCGCCCAACAAGAUCUGGAAGCCCCUCCCAGGUGGAGACCACAACUCCAGCGUCGUGGAGGAGGGCUACUUCGAGGCCAUCUCGGACUUCAUCGCGUCGGUCACGGAGGAGUAUCCGAGCAUGGUGAAGAUGUAG